AUGAAGUUCGUCCUUAUCGCAACUCUCCUAGCAGCGAUUCCCUGCACAAACGGUGCAAAAGCGGCCAACGCAAUCGACAAUGCCCUCGUCCUGACCCCGUUAGAGUUGAAAGAUGACCCCACCUGUGCAUUCCAACUUGCCGAUGGAGAGGGCAACUGCCUCUCAUCCAAAAUCUUACCCGAUGAAAGAGGUGUUUUUACCUCUCUUUGUGAUUCCGAGGAUCCCACUCAGUAUUUCACCUACAACUCCAAGACUGAGGAGCUCCAUUCAGGCCACUACGAUGAUUGGUGCUACUUCUACAACUUGAGUGGCAAUGAGGACACAGUCCCUUACCCGUACAUCAAAGCUGGACUCUGUGAUAGAAGCCUGCAACAAAAUAAUCUACAAGACAAAACCUUCCUCUUUAGUGAGGAAGGCCAACUUCAAGAUGGCAACAACUUCUGCGUCACUGCAGAUGAGAUGAGACGCGUUGUGCUAUCUGAUUGCGACUCAACUGAACACAAGCAAAGAUUUUAUCCAAUUCAAGGAGAAGAUAUUCCUAUUCUAGCAAUGCCCGUCCACUCAGUUGAGAAAAUCAAAGGCCUACCACAUGGUUUGAAAGACUCAACUUCUCAGUUUCAGCUCAUCAAUGCUGAUGAUAACACUUGCUUGUCAUCAGCAAUCACAGAAGAUGAUAACGAAGGAAUCAAUGUGAAUCCUUGCGACAAGAAUGAUCUCAACCAGUUCUUCACCUAUGAUGAACCUACAAAGCAACUUCGGCCAGCCAAUUAUGAAAAGCAAGGCUACUGCUUCUAUUAUGCACCAGACCCACAGUGGGCCCCAAUUCAAUUUAUAAGGGCUGGAAAGUGUGAAGAAGUUGAUGCCAAUGUUUUCAACAAGAAGUUUGCUUUUGACAACGAUGGAAUCCUUUAUGCUGAUUCCAACAGUAACGAAUGUGUAUCUUCCUUCGACAGCAUGGGCGUCACAGCUGGUUGCAGUGAUUCAUACUACAGCAACACCAGAUACAUCGUCAAACCAAGAGACGACCUUCCCUCAGGUGAAAAAGUAGCCACACUUGCCAAGCAAGCCAAGGAUCUAGCUACAGACGUCGUUGCAGACGAACACGAUGAAUCUUUGGUGACCAGAGCAACCAAAUCUACUUCCAAUGGUCCUCUACGGCGCCGUGCGGUAUAUUAUGUAGUCAAAUAG